UGAAGUUGUAUGUGUUUUUUUCAGUAACCCAGGCUUGUCUUUCAGAUGUGUGCAGAGUGAUUGAGCUGCUGGAUCGGCUGCAGAGAACCGGGGAGUUGCCGCCUCCCAAACUGCAGGCCCUACAGAGAGUUCUGCAAAGCAAAUUCUGUGCUGCCAUCAGGGAGGUAUAUGAGCAGCUAUAUGACACACUGGAUAUUGCUGGAGGUCCAGAGGUUCGAGCCCAAGCAACAGCCAAGGCCACAGUUGCAGCCUUCGCAGCCAGUGAGGGUCAUGCCCACCCGAGGGUGGUGGAGUUGCCCAAAACAGAAGAGGGCCUGGGCUUUAACAUCAUGGGCGGGAAAGAACAGAACUCCCCUAUCUACAUCUCCAGAGUUAUCCCUGGAGGAGUGGCUGAUCGCCAAGGAGGACUGAAGAGAGGAGACCAGCUGCUAUCUGUCAAUGGAGUGAGCGUAGAGGCGGAGCAACAUGAAAAGGCUGUGGAGCUACUGAAGGCUGCCCAGGGGUCAGUUAAAUUGGUGGUCCGCUACACUCCUAAGGUUCUGGAGGAAAUGGAGGCUCGUUUUGAGAAGAUGAGGAGUGCCCGGAGACGACAGCAGCACAACAGCUACUCGUAAGACUCCUUUUUGUCUAUAUUUCACAAGUUUAUCUUGUGAAAUACUUAGUUUAUCAUACUUAAUGUAUUAUGCAACAAUGUAUCAAAAGUUAUUUCACACAAUAUAAUUUAAAAUUGAGUAGAAGUAUAGCAAAAAUCCUGUUUGGGGAAAGGUUGUUCUAUGUACAAUCAGGUAUGUCAUGAUGUAUUUAAAGAGUGGACCCAAAAGCAGCAGGCUUGUAAUGCUAAGUUGAGUUUUGUGACUUUAAUGAAAAAUAUGAUAAAUAUAAAUAUAUAAUUAAUAUCAAUGUAACAAUUACAAGCAUUUAUGGUCCGAACAUGGAUGACCUCACAUUCUAUCAUAAUUUUUUAAUUUUACAUAAUGUUUCUACAUGAGUCACAAUUAUAUGUGGAGACUUUAACACAGUCUUUCACCCAACAAUAAACAGCUCCAAGAACUCAAACCACACAUAAAACUGUCAUGCAAUCCAAAUCAUUAAACAAUACAAGAGAGACAAAUAAGCAUCCUUAUGACAAAAUUUAAUCAAUGGAGUGAUUUAUGACCCUAAUAAUUAGUUGCUUUUAAUUUCCGGUGAGCGGAUGCCCCCCUACCCCCC